CGGGGCUCGGGUGGGGAGCAGGGUGCAGCCCCCUGACCCCCCAGCAGCUGGGGUGCGAUGAGCUCUCAGGAUGAGCAGUUCCAAGCAGCAGCCCCCGAGCCAGCGGCUGCCUCGGCAGAUGAUGGCAUGACCUGGUGGUACAGGUGGCUCUGCAGGAUUGCCGGGGUCAUCGGGGGCCUGUCCUGUGCCUUUGCUGGUCUCUGGAACUGUGUCACCAUCAACCCCCUGAACAUUGCAGCCGGCGUAUGGAUGAUGCUCAACGCCUUCGUGCUGUUCCUGUGCGAAGCCCCGUUCUGCUGCCAGUUCAUCGAGUUUGCCAACGCCGUCUCCGCGAGGGCUGACAAGCUGCGGCCCUGGCAGAAAGCUGCGUUCUACUGCGGGAUGGCUGUGAUCCCCGUCAUGCUCAGCCUGACACUGACCACGCUCUUUGGAAACGCCAUUGCCUUUGGCACCGGGGUGCUGUACGGCCUGUCAGCGCUCGGCAAAAAGGGAGAUGCCAUUUCCUAUGCCCGGAUCCACCAGCAGCAGAAGCAAAUGGAUGAAGAGAAGCUCACGGGGGCCCUGGAGGGACAGGCUCUCUGAAGCACACCAGCUCAGGGUAACGUCUCCUGGACACUGAGACGGUGAAGAUACAGAAAUCCACUCAGCCCUUCCCUCUGCCCACUCCCCUCUCCGUUGCACCAUGAUUUCCCUGGACACUGCAGCAACUGGAAAUCUCAGGGGCUGGGGCAGGCUGUGUCCCCUUCUCACACCAGCAGCCAGGCCUCAGAACAUUGGCUCCUCUCUCCUCCUUAACCAAAUCUCUCACAGUCCCUCUGUUUUUUAUUUUCUUUCUUUUUCCUUUGCUGCAGAGGUGCUGGCUCUGUGAGUGCUGCUUCACAAGCCUGAACAGGUAGCCUUUCUUUGGAGUGACACCUAAUAACAAGCUGGGCAUGCAAUGCUCCUUUGGGAACAGCUCUUGGGAUGGGGUAAGGAGGGACAGGGCUGAUGUGCCAGCUCCUGUGCAGGUGUCAGGGGAGUCAGGGAGCUGCUGGCCUCACACCUGGGGGUAACCUGCCAUUGCAUGUUACUUGUUUUUUGUGACACUCUCCGGUGUGGCCCUUCCCAGGUGUAAUACACUAAUCCAGGGUUUAGCAAUACAUGGUGCUGCUUAAGCUUGGUCUUCCUCCAUUAAGUAUGUUUUAAUAUGGGUGCAGUUAGGCCAGGCAUCAGAGGCAUGGCUGCACCUGAAAGCACUUCUAGCAAAAACCCCUCAUAAAGAAACAACCAUCUCUGCAGAGGAGCUGCCAGAGGUGCUGGGGCAGAUCCUGGUACUGACAAAGCACAGCCCUCUCUUCCUCUGGAUGCAGCUGCAGGCAGUUACUGCAAUUUACUUGAAUUAUAACUUACUUUGUCUUAAUAAGGGUACUUUUCUUAAGCUUUGCUCUUUUACUGGGGAAGAAGGGAAGUGAGGUUUGCUUUGCUUCAGCUGAAAAGGGGUGCUAUUGCUUGAGCCAAGCAGGGCUUUUUUGCUGUUGUGAGGGUUACUGAUGUGCAAGAGCAUCCUUCUCUGAUGAGCCCAGGACUCUGUUAUCUCUCACUCCCUGCAUCUGCACCCAUCACCAUGUCUGGUACAGCCUCUCCCUUUGGGCUCAUGUUCUUUCUGCAUCAGUCACAGGCUGGUUUGUUUGGGAAGGUGGCAUCUCCUUCCUUUGCAAACACAGAGGAGUCUGCACCGUUUCAGUGUGAAAAGCUGCGGUGUCUUGCUUCUUUAUUCCAGACUCCAUUAGUGGGUUUUGCAUUAUGAUUUCUGUUUACUUUUUAUCAUGCAGAACAAAACUGCUGCUAAGUCCAGAUCCCCCUCUUCUCGUCACAGUUCCUUCUGGGGGCUUUAAUUUAUUGGAUUUCACAUGAUUGCUUUUUAUUUUGAUUAGGAAAAAGGGGAAUAAUUUAUUUCUAGUUAUUUAACUGUUUGGAUGUGUCUCAUUUUCUCUGGACAUAGGAGAAAGGAGUGCUCUGUUUGCUGUCCUCAAAGGAUGGCCACAUUUCACUGGGGGGGUCUCUCUGAACACAGGGAGAGCCCAGGGCUGCUGUUACUGGGAUACCAUAAAGUCCUGUUUCAGCUUUCAGAAUGUUUUCCAUACUUUUGGAAAGUGUAUUGUCAUUUGACCCCUUUGUCUUCUUCUGGGCCACUGGCUCGAAUGUUUUCCCCAUCUUCUGGGAGAGAAAAGAGGAAAACUGUAUCUGUGCAGCUGAAAUUGCUGGGCUGGAGGUUUGUUUGGAGGCAGGUAGCAGCUGCAGUGAGCAGUGGCAGUGGGGACUGCAGCCAACACAUCGUGGUCCCCUUUGAAUCACUGGGGUAGCAGAGGGGUUGCACUGAGGGUUGGGAGUGCUGCUGGAGGCUGGGUGCUGCCUGUCUGAAGGGUUUGCCUGCCAGCUGCUCUCUGGUUCCUGAGCAGUGUCAUGUCUAUGAUUCUAUGGUUCCUCUAUGUCUGGUGUGUGUUUGUGUUAGCUGAGUGGCAGCAGCAUCCCUGGCAGAGCCUGGGAUGGAGCUGCUGCUGGAGGAGGGGCUGGCUAUGGGCAUAGCCUGUGCUGGGCAACAGGAACACAGCAGUCCCUGGAGAUCAGGGGGCUAAGCUGCCUGCUAAUGUUAGUGAGUGUUUCUUCCUUGGAGUCCAGGGAGGUGUGAGGAUUUACACCAGCCAGGAACACAGCUUGGGUUUGUUUGCCCACGCAGGCUCUUGCAGCUGGAUGCUGGGAGGCUGCUUUGUGCUAAGCCCCUUUUCCCUCAGGCCUCUGAUCUGUGACUGCUCUGACACCAGCUUGUCUGGGAGGCAGAAUAGGCACUGCCAGCCAAAAUGCAGCUUGUUUCAAUAAAGGCUGUGCCAUUUCACAGCCCCCAGCUCUGGGCUGGUCCCUGUUGCUGUAUGCAGUCAUGGGCCAUUGGCCUUCCCUCUGUGCAGGGGGCAUGCUGCCUGCAGCAAAGGGGGGCUGCAGGAGGAAUACACUGCAGCUCCUGGGGUGCCUGAGUGGAAAUUGCCUCUCUGUUCUCCGAGCCAGCAGUGUCCCUGGGUAGUACCUUCACUGGCUGGUUCAAGUGCAGAGUCCUGCCCAACAAACAGGACAGCUGCUUUGAUUUCAGGGGGUGUGGGGAGUCAAGUAGUGUUUAGUAGAGGAAUGUUGCAGACUGAUGCACGUAGCUACGAGCAUGUCUUUGGUAGUGGCUGCUUUGCUCUGUGAGUAGUUCCACAGUAGCUUUAGUGACAGGAGGCAAAGAGCAAAGCAGAAGUGAGUAACAGUGACAGCUGAUCUAUGGUGAGCCACAGAUCUGGUGGGACCCUGUAGUCCCUGGGGCUGUGGGGCUGUUGCAGGCAGGUGCUGCUCCGGGUCACCUGGAGGGGUCCUUGGUGUGGAUGAGUCCUCUCUGCUCCCAUGUCACCAGUGGCAGAAGUCCCUUGGACACCAGCACUACUGUUAUACUCUGUUUAGUGGCAGCUGGGUCUGGCACCAGGGCCAAGGCAAGCAAACAACCUGCAGCAGCUCUGUCACCGUUAGCAGGGUGCAAAGCUCAGCUCUGAGCUCAAUGAUUUUGUUGAAAUCAGGCCUCAGGGACUCUUCUGUAAGAGCUGAGCUGGAGCCUUUGGCCACAGUGCUUAAGGACACAGGGUGUGUUUAGGGUCUCUGUGUCUGCUGCAAGAGGAGGUGUCUCAGAUCUGUGGUCCAAGAGUGCUGACUCCUACAGAUGGAUGUCUGGAGUGGGAGCUCUUGGGAAUUUCAGCUGUCUGUGAUGCAGCUGAAAACUCAGCCAGAUGCUGCCAUCAUUGCAAUGGCUUGCUGACAGCACCCAUGGCUUUUAAGAGUUGUAGUGACAGUGGAUGGUGUCACCACUGUGUGAGCAAGAGGCUGUUUUUGUGCACCUAGAAAGGACCUUUAGAGUAGUAGUGUCACAGUAGUUAAUAUGCCCAUUCACAGUGCAUGGUGGUUAUUGAUAGUGUUUAGGGGCACCAGCAGGGUGCUUGGAGCUGUGUAAAGAUAAAUGAAGCUAAAAGCUUUGCUCUGGAGAUUUUGCAGACUCAGCCCAGUCCCUGCUCUGUAUGGCUAAUCCACAGGGUCUCUGUGGAAAAGGUUCUGCUUGCCAAGUCUUGGAAAGGCCUGUUGGGAGGCACUGGGACAGAAGUUGUGAGGACUCAAGAGCAGGUGAUGCAUCGAUGGCAGUGAGUUGUUGACACCAAAUGUGGAAAGACACCCGAGUACUGGCAGCACAGGUGCACUUAGCAAAGGACUGUUACACCAUUCCCCACGUGAGCUGUGCCCUUCCAACCCCUGUGCAUGUAUGCAGUGUGCAACUUUGCCACAUUCCAUUCAGUCAUGAAGCUGACAGCACUUCUGCAUAUUAGCUCCACUGUCCCUUGGGGCUGUGUGUUGGGUGUGAAGAGAAGAGCAGAAGCUCCCUUUCUGCUGCGUACCCAAACCUCACCACUCUGGGUGGGAGCUGGUUCUGUAACACCAAUUGAUUCUCUGUGUGUGGAGUGAAUAAAAAGACUAUUCUACCUCUGGAAA